AAUAGCAAAACUGAGGGGGUAAAAAUGUAAAACAGAAAAAGCCGUCCCCAACCUGUUUAUUUUUCUUUGCAUUUUCUCGGUAACCAAACGGGACGAUGUCUCAUUUGCUUUGCUGAAGAUCGAGUGUUUGAUUGAUCGGAGUUGGAGAUGUCGUCGAGCACUGUGGAUCCGGCCGGAGAGCCGAUUCCGACGUCGGCGGUGCUGAUGUCGUCGGCGAAGCAUAUAGCGAGCAGAUGCAGAAACGAAAACCUAGCCUUCCUCAAAUGCAAGAAAGACGAUCCUAAUCCAGAGAAAUGCCUGGACAAAGGCCAACAAGUCACUCGUUGUGUUCUUAGCCUGUUGAAAGAUCUUCAUCAGAGGUGCACAAAGGAGAUGGAUGCUUAUGUCGGUUGUAUGUACUACUAUACAGAUGAGUUUGACUUGUGUCGCAAAGAGCAGAAAGAGUUCGAGAAAGCUUGUCCUUUGGAGUGACCGAGCAGAUGAUACCCAAAAUCCAAUGCUUGUAAUAAUUUUGGCCAGACUACAACGAGCAAAUUUUACUAAAACUAAUGCCACCAAACCCGUGUGGCAGAGAUUGUACCUUUUUUUUUUUUGCUCGAGCAGAGAUUGUACCUGGGAAAUGCUUCCAGGAUAUUACUUUUUUCCAUUUUCAAUCAUAAUCGUAGAUAAAUACUGCAUACAUUGUUGGAAUAA